CAACCAAAAAAACUUUGGUGAGGUCACUUAAGUCCAGCAACUGUGCGUGUGUCACUGUCACUUAUACUUUGUUGCUACUGAACCUGACUGUAAAGACAACCAUGGCGGCUCGACUUCUCCUCCGAACUUGUUCAGCGACUUUGCAGUUGAGGGGUCGGACGGUGUUACAGCGCUCUAUGUCCACCAUGAAAGGAAUACCAACCGUUGAGGAACAAGCAACUGGACUGGAACGCCGUGUCUUGCAAGCCCUCAAGCAGGGGAAAGAUCCAUACAGUAUCCUGAAGCCUAAGGAAUAUGCUGUGAAGCCUAAGGAAUAUGCUGGCACCAAGGAAGACCCUCACAUUGUGCCUUGUGUUGGAGAGAAGAGGCUGGUGGGCUGUAUUUGUGAGGAAGAUAACACUGCCGUUGUUUGGUUCUGGCUUAAUGAUGGAGAUGCCCAGCGCUGUCCGUCUUGUGGGUCCCACUACAAGCUGGUCCAUCAAAAGUUGCCCCAUUGAAAUGAUCUCCAAAAAAUUGUCUUUGAAGCUGGCAAUAUUUAACAGCCACAAAUAAACUAAAAUACUGCAGUUA